AUAAGAUACUGUUUUCUAAUAACAAACACUUAUAAGGCAGAUGCUUAAUCCGCAAGACUUGAAAAAUAUUAGUUAGUGAGAUCAAAAAUGGACAAAGAUGCAAAGGGAAUCGAUUCAAUUAUUGCGUCGGUGGGAAAUGAAGGAAAAUUUCAGUAUCGGUUCUAUAUACUCUUCAAUAUUUUGUUACCUAUCGUAGCAGCUAUGGCUGAUCAGAAUUUUAUUAACGCCCUGGCUAUACCUAAUCAUUGGUGUUUUGUACCUGGAAGGGAAUUUACCAAUUACACUUUGAAGGAAUGGAAGCAAUUACAUUUACCAGAAGAAUAUAAUAGUGUAGGAGUUCUCGGAUUCAGCAAAUGCAAAAUGUUCAAUGGAAGUUCAGAAGUUAUAAAAUGUCAACACGGAUGGGAAUUCGAUAAGACUUGGUACGAGUUGACAAUUCCAAUGCAAGAGUCUUGGGUGUGCGAUUAUGGUUUGUAUGUGACGAACACCUUCAUCUUCUCCAAAUUAGGAGAGGUUAUCGGCACCUUCAUCUUUGGUCAACUAGCUGAUACGAUUGGAAGAAAACCUGUAUUUUUCAUGUCCGUGGUAACAUUGGUGGUUGGACGAAUGCUUUUAAUCGUCACAUCAUUCUCGACUCUGUUAUUCUUCCUAACCAUGUGCUUCGGGAGUUUUUCUACGAAUUCCGUGCUGCAAUCUCCUAUGGUCACUGGUUUGGAAAUUUCGAAAACUGAGAGAAGAGCUCGUAUAGCUAUGAUUCACAAUAUUGGAGGAACCAUCGGGUUUUGCUUUUUACCUUUAGUCAUGUGGUGGUUGAACGAUUGGAGAUUCUUCAUGUCCUUGACAACUCUUCCUUGCAUAUUAUUCAUGUUCACCGUGAAAUUAUUUAUAGAGUCUCCGCGUUGGUUGGCAAGUAAAGGGAAAACGGAAAAAUGCGUGAAGGAAUUAGGAAAAAUUGCCAAAGCAAAUGGUAAAGCAUUACCUGAAAAUGUGGCUUACGACAUAUCAAAUCUACCGAAACAAGAGGAGAAAGUUUAUGGAGUAUUGAGUUUAUUUUCAAGUUGGAGAUUGGCUAAAAAUACUCUGCUUUUGGCAUCUGGCAGGUCCACGAUCACGCUAAUAUUCUAUACUUUAACAUUCAACGUUACCAAUUUAGAAGGUAACCCUUUCUUGAACUUCUUCUGGCUAGGAGUGGCUGAAUUACCAGCCUGGUUUAUUGGUAAAUACGCAAGUGAUAAAUUCGGAAGACGAUGGACAAACAUGGCUUCAUUCUCGGCAAUAUUUCUUGGCUGCCUUUUAAUCCUCAUCAUAAUCCACGAUGAAACAAAACAAUAUGCUGUAUCAUCAAUCUGCGUUUUCUUGAAGUUCGGCAUCGCGUUCGCCGCUUACGUGGUGAAUCUUCAAUCCAUGGAGAUUUACCCAACCUGCGUUCGUCAAAUCGGGAUUUCCUUUAACGGAAUCGUAGCUAACGCGGUUGGAAUUUUAGCUCCAUACAUCGUUUUCUUGGGAAUUGAAAUCGACGCUUCAUAUCCGUACGCGUUAUCAGCGGUAUUGGGAUUCUUCGGGAUCCUCUACGGUUUGUUCCUACCGGAAACUUUAAACCGUAAACUUCCUGAGACUUUAGGGGAAGCUGCAGCGUUCGGAGGGAAUCAAAACUUUUUCGGCGAAGAGAAAAUUAGGGAAACUAUCGAUCAAUGCGAUUAAAAAACAAUUAACGAUAAGAUAAUAGAGGACAUUCACGACGAAACCAACGUCCUUUCUCGUCAGUGUUCAGGUG